AUGUGCCGCUGGUUCGCCUACAUCUCCCCUACCGAGCCCUGCCUCCUCGACGAUGUCCUGGUCCGGCCCCCCAACUCCCUCGCCAAACAAGUGCACGAGCAUUACCUCCCCCAACUCAUCGCCCACAACCCGGAAGACCUCAAAAGCGCCGAUCACCUGACCACAGCCCGCAACAGUAUCUACAACAUCGAUGGUGCGGGGGUAGCAUGGUACACUACUUCCCUCUCCGCCUUCGAGUCGCCAAACAGCGAUGACAACGACCUCAUGCCCGCGGUCUACAAGACGAUUGUCCCGCCGUCCAACGAUCUGAGUUUUAGGAGUAUAGCCAGGAACACGGAGACGAAAUGCUGUUUUGCGCAUAUUCGAGCAGCGUCUGGGACGCCGAUUGUGCAGGUCAAUAACCACCCGUUUGUUUUUGGCCGGCAUACUUUUAUGCAUAAUGGGGUCGUGUCGAAUUGGGGGGCGAUCAAGAGAAGUGUUUGUGGGGAGAUGAGUGAGGCGGCUUUUGCUGGGGUGGUCGGUGGCACCGACUCCGAACACAUGGCCGCCCUUUACAUGACCUACCUCACCUCAUCCGGCGACUCCAACAGUUUCCUCAAACCCUACACCCUGGAGCAAAUGGCCACAGCCAUGCACAAAACCGUCUCCACAAUCAUAACCACCCAACUCCGGCUUCUCGGCCGCUCCAAAGCCGCACCCAACAGCCUCAACCUCUGCGCCACCGACGGACAAAAACUAAUAGCCUACCGCUUCCGAAAUCACGCAACAGAACAACCGCCAUCGCUCUACUACUCCACUAAAGCCGGCACUACCCUAAAUCGAAAAUACCCCGAUGUAGCGGACGGCAAGGACGUAGAAGGACGGUAUGAGGGCCUGGCGGUGGAGAGCCACGGCGAGCAUUUGAUCGUGGCGAGUGAGCCCAGUACGUAUAAGGCCGAGGAUUGGCAUUUGAUUGGGAAGAAUCAGUGUGUGGCUGCUGAGGCGGGGGGGAGGUUUGAGGUGAGGGAUGUGCCGUAUAGGGAUGAGUGGGAUGUUGAGGAUCCGAUGGCUGAGUUUCAUACUUGA